UACCGCGAUCCCGUCAACUUCCAGACGGAAAGGCCUAGUGGAAAGAUGUGCAAAUCAUACUUCAGUCGCUUUAAGGAGACUGGCGGCCCUGGCUGCACAGAGCGCUUUAUUCAUACAAUGGACUUAUGGUUUAUCUCCGCGGCCAAGGAGGCGGAGAACCGCGUCAAGGGACAUAUCGAUGAUGUUGAAUCUUACAUCGAAUUUAGGCGCAACUUGAGCGGCUGCAAGCCUUGCUUUGCCUUUAUCGAGUUCGCCUGUCAGAUUGAUCUUCCCGACGAAGUAGUCUCGCAUCCAGUCAUCAUGGCGCUGGAGGAGGCUGCCAAUGACUUCAUUUCUUGGUCAAAUGAUAUUUUCUCCUAUAACGUAGAGCAAUCUCGUCAUAGCACCCAUAAUUUGGUUGCUGUGCUCAUUGUCAAAAAAGGUCUCGACCUGCAAGGCGCUAUUGACUACUGCGCCCAGCUAUGCAAUAUCUCCCUCCAACGCUUCGAAGAAACCCGUGCUGUUCUCCCCUCGUGGGGAGAAGAAGUCGACAAGGAUGUGGCUAAGUACGUCGAAGGACUGCAGAACUGGAUUACCGGUACGCUGCAGUGGUCCUUUGAGUCCGCCCGCUAUUUCGGGAAGGAUGCGCAUAUCGUCAAGCAGAACAGAAUUGUCAAGCUGCUUCCCAAGCGACCAUUGUGAAAUCCACAGCUAUUGCUGUAUGUAAGACCGUUUCCUUCUUGCCUGUGAUGCACGAUUCUCAUUGCGAUGACUACCAUUAUAGAAAGUUACAUCAUUGUCUAUGUCUUGCUUCGUGUGAAGCUGCGUUUUUUU